AUGGAUUUUUUUAUACAUUUCUAUUAUAACACAUGUGACUGUUCUUCUGGCAGAUGGCACCAUUUUCUCAAAGGAAAAUUCCUUGAGAAUAAACAGAAUCGGAGACUCGACCAUCUGAUAUACAUUUUUGUUAAGUGCACUAUUCCAUACUUUAUUCAGUGUCACCAGCAACAGGUGGGAAGGGCAGUUCAAGAAGGUACUCUUCCAUGGUCUUGUUUUCUUCUUUUUUACAUCAUCAUGAUUAUGAUGCAUUAUGAUAAUGAUUACCUGUAUGAUUAG